CGAUGUAAUUAUUGGAUAAAACAAUCCUAUACAGUUCCAUGUGAAAGCCAUCACAUACUUCAGAACAUUAUAUAUUUCCUUAUAUUUUUUGUACUCAACUAGUAUUAAAAAUGUAUAAGUGAUUAGUGACUCCACUAUAGAUGUAUCGACUAACAUCCCACUGUUCAGCCAGGUGACAACAUGAAUAAAACAUUUUUCCUCAAGCAAUAAAUAUUUUCCGCCAGCGAAUGAGGAAACGGAGCACCUCCAUAUCAAUUAUCAAUCCAUGAAUUGUUCUCGGAAAAUUGUUCUCGGAAUUUUCCUGCCUCCUUUAUUAUCUCACGCUUGAGAUAAAUUUAUCUGACCACCUAAUGGUACCGUACACAGAGUUAUGUAUAAAUUAUCCCCGGCGGUGACUGAUGGAGAAUAAUUGCUUAAAUUGCCCUGAUAAAGACAAUUUCCGGCAGUUCUCAUCAGUCGAUUGCGGGAAUACGUACUGAUAAAAAUGAAGAUACUCAUUGUAAUUAGUUUUCUCUUACUAUCAGCUCUAGCUAGCAACGAAAUUUGCAAUAUAGACGAACACGGCAUCGAAGUUUGUCAAGAUUCCAAUGUUAUCACGCGGAUUAACAACACGAGGCGCCAUGAAUUCUGCUUCCUGUAUCUGGAAAACAACACAACAAUCGGUUCAAAUGUCUUCAAGGACUCAAAUAUAUCUGAACUUUCGCUGAUCCUCCCUGAAUACCAUUCUCCAAGUAUGCUGUCACUCCAACCAGACGUCUUCGUCGGUUUAGAAAACCUGACGACUCUCCAAAUUACCGAUGGUAACAUAUCCUACACCGGAAAUCCUUGGAGUGAACUCAAGAAUCUGCGGUCAUUCAGUUGCAUCAGAUGUGGAUUUACUGAAGUGCCAAUCGAAAUCCUGGCAUCUUUACCAAAUUUGGAGAAAUUGGUGCUCGCAGGGAACGACAUCCACAGAGUUCGUCGCAGUGACUUCGCAAAUAUGAAGAACUUGACAUCCCUGUCACUAGAAAGAAAUGGCGAAAUGGAUCUAGGCACGGGUUGCUUCAGUGGUGCCAAUAACUUGAGAUAUUUGGAUCUGUCUCACAACUCCUUUCAUCUAGCGCCUGGUGCAUUCGAUGGACUGACUGAGCUGCUUAUCCUCGACAUGUUUGAAGUCUUGAACAGCGAUCUGCAUCAACCCAAGGCAUUCCAAGGAAUGCCAGCUCUCACUCGGUUGCAAUUAAGCGAUGGUCACCUGGAAUCGUUGAAUCCUGGAAUGUUCGACGGUUUGGUCGCUCUCCACAGUCUUCGAUUAAACAACAACAAGCUCCGUCACAUUCCUAAAGGGGUUUUCAACAAACUCAGUUCAUUGGAUGACCUGUCCUUCACGGAGAACAACAUCACAACAAUCGAACCCGGUGCAUUUUCCGAACUGGAUCUUGAAAGAUUGGACUUAUCUGGCAAUGUUGGACUGCAGGUCAUUGAGACUGGAACAUUUGAUGGCUUGAGCACUGGCUAUCUAGGCCUUCAUUUUUGCAAUAUCUCGGAGCUGCGACCAUCAGCAUUCACCGGACUGAACGCACAAGCUCUGGACUUGGGGAACAAUCAAUUGAGGGUAAUCGGAGCUGAAGACUUCGCGGGACUCCAGAGUCGAAUGUUGAUUCUGUAUUUCAAUAAUGUCAGCGAAAUUGCAAGUGGUGCCUUCAGUAAUACAAGCGUGGAGAGAAUCAUUAUAGAUGAGGAACUCGCGGACAAUCCUAACAAGAGUGAUUGGGGACUGUCUGAAUCAGUGGAGAUUAGUUAAUUGGAAUAACGUUCAUGUUUUAUUAAUUUAUUCGUAAUUUUUCACACGAAGACAGAUGUUCGGGGGUUUCAUAAGUAGACAAUGCAAUGAGAAUAUCAAUGUAAACAAAUGUCUCCUUGAUUUAAAUAAAAAAUUGAUCGGUGGAAGUGAAAAAAAAUUAAUUGGAAGAAAUAGUUGAGAGUGAGAAGAUGCACUUGAAUUCCCCGCACCGAAAAAUGUGUGAGAAGAAUAUAAAGAAAUAUUACUUCUUUGCUAAUAUGGGGGCUUGUAAUUUGUCAAUUUUUUUAGAUUUCUUGGAAGUGAUGUUUUUUGACACAUUCUGAGUCGGAAAAAAACAAAUAAAAAUUCUAGAAUGUUUUUUAGGGUAGAUUAAUCACAUAAAAAAUCACAGAUCGAAUCGGAGAGGUCGUGAACUGGUCGAGUUGAUAUGGGAUGUCCCAUAUGCAUACGCUCAUUAACUGCGCCCAUAAUAGUUUGAAAAUGUGAAAAAAUUCGAAAUAAAAAAAUUUCUCAAUUGUAA